AUGAGUGCAAUACUAUCAGCAGAUGAUCUUAAUGAUUUUAUAUCACCAGGUGUAGCAUGUAUUAAACCACUUACAGAGGAUAACUCCAAAGAUGAAAACACUACUUUUAAUGAAAAUGGAGAAGUUGAAAUUCAGAUCGAUGAUCAAGGGAAUCCAUUGGAAAUAUCACAAAUUGAUGGCAAACAAACAAAUCUUUCACCUGCACAAAUAUCCUUAUCUGAUUGUCUAGCAUGUUCAGGAUGUAUUACUUCAGCAGAAGAAGUUCUUGUUGCUCAACAUUCCCACCAAGAAUUGGUAAAUGCUUUGGAGAAUCGUGGUGACAGAGUUUUUGUGGCAAGUGUUUCUCAACAAUCUAGAGCAUCUUUAGCAUUAGCAUAUAAUUUAUCCAUGGAUGAUAUUGAUAAAUUGUUGAUUAAUUUGUUUAUUCACCAAAUGGGGUUCACAUAUGUUGUGGGGACAUCAUUGGGAAGAAAAUUAUCUUUGAUCAACGAGGCACAGAGUUUGAUUACCAAGAAGGAAAAUAAAGAAUUAAAUAACGGUCCAGUAUUAUCAUCUAUAUGUCCAGGUUGGGUUUUAUAUGCAGAAAAGACACAUCCUUAUGUGUUGCCACGAAUCUCAACGGUUAAAUCACCUCAACAAAUCACCGGGUGUUUAUUGAAAUCAUUAACUGCAUCGUCGUUACAAAUCCCCAAAUCAAAGGUAUACCAUGUGUCUAUCAUGCCAUGUUUCGAUAAGAAAUUAGAGAGUGCCAGACCAGAAAUCUAUGAUACUUCAGAGGAAUCUGUUCCAGAUGUCGAUUGUGUAUUGACAGCAAAAGAAUUAGUCACUUUGAUUGAAGAACAAUCUCCAAAGUAUCUGUUACUACCUGAAGAUAAGAUAUCAUCAAUUUUGCAAAUCAAUACACCAAUGAGUGAAAUUUAUCAACGUUGUGCUCCUCCAAAUUGGCCCUUUAUAGAAUAUUCAUGGUCAAAUGACCCAGGGUCUGCAUCUGGUGGGUAUGCAUAUAAUUAUUUGAAAAUAUUUCAAGAAAACUUACUCGUGAAAGGUGGUUAUGACGCGGAAAAGUUUAUGUUACAGACAAUUAAUGGAAGAAAUCCGGAUAUUUAUGAGUUACGAUUGAUGUAUAAUGGCGAGAAGUUGGCUAGUUCGGCUGUCGUUAAUGGAUUUAGGAAUAUUCAAAAUUUGGUUAGAAAGUUAAAACCAACCGCUGGAGGUAAAUCAACUGUUAAGUCAAAUCCACUUGCAGCAAGAAGAAGAGCUAGGAUUUCUACAAGAGAUAAAUCUGAUACUUCAGAAGAAACAGCCGACGCAUCUAAAGUUGAUUAUGUUGAAAUCAUGGCAUGUCCAAAUGGAUGUAUCAAUGGUGGUGGUCAGAUCAGUGCUCCUUCAACCAUCGCAGAGAAAGAAUGGAUCAGUGAGGCAUUGUCAAAGUAUAAUCAAGUCCCAAUGUUUGAUUUAAGCUUGCAUCCAAAUGACAUUGAACAGUUUAUAUUGUGGAGUAACUUGUUUGAACAGGAAAACAAUAUCAGUAAUGAUAGACUCUUCAAGACCCAUUUCAAUGCAGUUGAAAAGCCUACUGAUCCUGCUGCUAUCCUUGUAGGAUCAAAAUGGUAG